AUGACGGUUCCGCUGUCUCCGAUCCUGCGAUCCGCCGUCUGGGUGGUCGCAGCUCCUCUGGGUCUUUACUUCACAUUUUUGGCCCUCGGCGCAACACCAUUUUUUCAACGACAUUUUCUGUACGCGCACAAGAUAAACACACUUUGGUGGCGCGGCGUCAAUGAACCUGAGCGGUUUGGCUUUGCUAAGGGCCAAGUCACACCCUUCUCCCUCAACACCCCAGAUGGAGUGAACUUGUAUGCUUGGCAUGUCAUGCCCUUGCCAGCCUAUCUGAAGCAGGAAGAGAGAUUCUCAGCACAGAGGCCUGGCUUUUGCGAGGACUUCACCCAGACCGAGUCUUUCAAGGCGCUUAAGGAGGACCCUGAAGCCCGCGUUGUUCUAUCAUUUCAUGGUAACGCCGGAGAUAUCGCGCAAAACCACCGUCCUGACAGUUACCAUGUCAUCACCGACACCUCUUCGUACCACGUGUUGGCAAUCGAUUAUCGCGGCUUUGGCCACUCCACAGGCACUCCCUCUGAAGACGGCCUUAUCCAAGACGCAGCUACUCUGAUUGACUGGGUCAUUAACGUUGCCGGCGUCUCCUCAGACCGCAUCGUCCUUCUCGGCCAGAGCUUGGGCACUGCCGUGACCAGCGGCGUCGCAGAGCUGUACGCCUCCCAGGGCAUCGAAUUUGGUGGAGUCAUCCUUGUCGCCGGCUUCAGUAACUUGCCCAAGAUGCUCAGUGGUUACAAGAUCGGCGGACUCCUCCCCGUUCUUGGCCCUCUGAAGGUCUGGCCUGGAUUCUUGGAGUACAUGGAGACCUUCAUCUACGACAAGUGGCCGUCCGCUGACAGGCUUGAGAGCCUGGUGAAGCUGACCAAGCGAAGGCUACGCCUGACUCUGAUAUCCGCCAAGGACGACUCGGACAUUCCCUGCGAGGAGAGCAGCAAGCUGUUCCGGGCUGCGGCUAAUGCCACUGUUGAUGGCGGGCUGAGCGACCAUGCAUUCGAGUCUUGGAAGGAGGUACGGACGAUCCACAAGGGCAAGAACGCAUUCGUCACGACAUGGCAUGCGGACCACAAUAUCAUUAUUCGACAAGAAAUGUUCCCAUACGGAGGACACAACGACAUCAUGGGAUAUGCGCCCGUAAUCCUCGCAGUGAUGCGGUCUUUCGACCUUGUAGGCACUGCGUAUGAUACUGCUGGCUCUGACACCAGCAGCCGAACAUUGUAA